AAGUUCGCACGACAUUUAUAAACACAGUUCACCAUUUUCUGAUUUGUCUUUUCAAAUUUUUCAGGGGGGGGGGGAGUUAUAUAUGCUAAUAAAAAGCGAAAUAUUCACGAUUUUAAUUUCAAAAUCCACAACAUACGAGCUGUGGCGAGAGGCGUUUUUCGAGUUUUUGAUAAAAAAAUUGCCAUUUCCCACCAUGGCUCCACCGACCCAGCUCUCAUCGCAAGACGAGCAGGAAAAGCUUCUUGAUGAAGCUUUACAAGUCGUCAAGUCGCAAUCAUUUCAAAUGAAAAGAUGUUUGGAUAAAAGCAAACUGAUGGAUGGUCUUAAACAUGCAUCAAAUAUGCUUAGCGAGUUGAGGACAUCUCUCUUGUCUCCGAAAAGCUAUUAUGAACUUUACAUGGCCAUUUCAGAUCAGUUACGUCAUCUUGAAUUGCAUCUUGUUGACGAAUUCCAGAAGGGAAGAAAAGUUUCUGACCUUUAUGAAUUAGUGCAAUAUGCAGGAAAUAUUGUACCAAGAUUAUAUUUAUUGAUCACUGUCGGGGUAGUUUACAUCAAGGCAAGGGAAACUUCCAGGAAAGAUAUCUUGAAAGAUCUCGUGGAAAUGUGUCGUGGUGUGCAACAUCCGUUGAGAGGUUUAUUUCUGAGAAAUUAUCUCCUCCAAUGUACUAGAAAUUUGCUGCCAGAUUUAGAGGAAGAUGCCAGUGAUGUCGAGGAUGGUGACGUGAAAGAUUCCAUUGACUUUAUUCUCCUGAAUUUCUCGGAAAUGAACAAACUUUGGGUGCGCAUGCAACAUCAAGGACACACGCGCGACAAAGAGAAGAGGGAAAAGGAACGACAGGAACUUCGUAUUUUGGUGGGAACAAAUCUUGUUCGUCUCAGUCAACUUGACGGCGUUGAUGUUAACUUGUAUCAGACGGUUGUGUUGAAAGGCGUUCUUGAACAAGUGGUGAGUUGCAAAGAUGCCAUUGCACAGGAGUAUUUAAUGGAAUGUAUAAUUCAGGUUUUCCCCGACGAGUUUCACUUGCAAACAUUAAGCACAUUUCUUCAAUCGUGUGCCAAUCUUCACGCCAAAGUAAACGUUAAGAACAUCAUUAUUUCUCUUCACUCGCGUCUCGCUGCGUUCGCAGCAAAAGAUGACGGCGAGGGUAUACCUGAAGACAUCAAAUUGUUCGACAUCUUCUCACAGCAAGUAUCUACCAUUGUACAGGCUCGUGAAGACAUGCCGGUCGAAGAUAUUAUUGCCCUGCAAGUUUCUCUGAUAAAUCUCGCGUUGAAUUGUUAUGAAGACCGCUUUGAUUAUGUCGAUAAAGUUUUGGAGUACACUGAGGAAAUAUUUAGCAAGAAAAACUUAACCCACGUGGAGAAAAACAACGCCAUAUCUCGUGAGCUUACUCGACUGCUAAAAAUCCCCGUGGAUUGUUACAACAAUAUACUUAAAUUGUUGAAACUAAAGUUUUUUGCGCCGUUGUUCAACUACUUCGACUACGAUGCAAGAAAGGAUAUGGCCAUUUAUGUCAUCACAAAUGCCGUUGAAAACGAAACCCUAAUACCAUCACAGGACCUCGUGGAUACCAUUUUAUCAAUGGUUUCUCCCCUAGUCGUCGAUCAACAGGAUCAACCACCAGAACCAGAUGACCCCGAAGAUUUUGCCGAAGAGCAAAGCCUCAUGGGACGGUUUAUAAAUUUGUUUCAUUCGGAAAACCUUGACCAGCAGUACUUGAUUUUGAACACGGCAAGGAAACAUUUUGGUAGCGGUGGAGAGAAGAGGAUAAAAUUCACCUUACCCCCCGUGAUAUUCUCUGCUUAUCGACUGGCAAUGGACUACAACUAUUUAGAAGACAAGGAUGAGAAAUGGGACAAAAAAUGUCAGAAAAUUUUUCAGUUUUGUCAUCAGACCGUCGGCGCUUUAGCAAAGUCGGAAUAUGGUGAACUUUCUCUACGACUCUAUCUUCAAGGCGCUCUGACCGCUGACCAACACGACUUCUCGAACGCUGAGACCGUCGCAUAUGAGUUUAUGAGCCAGGCUUUUUCUUUGUACGAGGAUGAAAUUAGCGAUUCGCGGGCUCAACUCGCGGCAAUCACUCUCAUCAUGGGCACUUUUGAAAAGAUGACGUGUUUUGGCGAGGAGAACCAUGAACCUUUGCGAACCCAAUGCGCUCUUGCCGCAGCAAAGUUGUUGAAGAAACCAGAUCAAUGUCGAGCGGUUGCGAUUUGUUCACAUCUCUUCUGGUCUGCUAGCAACUCCGAGAAAGCUCAAAACGAGCGUGGUAAUGAAAAACGUGUGAUGGAAUGCUUAAAGAAAGCAUUACGUAUCGCCAAUCAAUGCAUGGACACAACACUACAAGUUCAACUCUUCGUCGAGAUCCUAAAUCGUUACUUGGUUUACUACGAGAACGGUUGCGAAACGAUAACGACUGCCAUCCUGAAACAGCUGAUGGAGAAAAUUCGCGAAGAAUUGCCGAACCUGGAAUCUAGUGGCGAAGAAACGGAUCAAAUCAACAGACAUUUUGAAAACACCGAAGCGCAUAUUCGCUCUAAGAAAGAAGAAAACGACGACUUGUAUUCUGACGUUAAUGUUUAAUAAUUAUCAUCACUGAACGCACAUGAUUUUAGUAGAAAAUAACUAUUUCUGUAGACAAAUCAAUACAAAUUAUUUCACACAA